GUAACAUGUGGGGCUUGUAUUGGGCAUGCCGCAGAUAAUUGUGUUUGGUGUCCAGCUGAAAAACACGAAGGCCCAAGAUGCAUAUCUAACAAAGAGUUAGCUAAAAGCGCGUCGUGGUGUAAAGGAGCCCAAACAUAUGAUCCACAACCGAACAUAACUGUUAUAAUGGACAAAAAUUUUAGUAGCGGAAUAGACGGAAUACCGGUUGUUCAAUUUAAGCCACAGCAUUUGCAUAUCAAGUCAAGACCUGGGGUACCUUUGAAAAUUAAAAUGUCUUAUAAACCUGCAAAGGAUUAUCCAUUAGACGUAUAUUAUUUGAUGGACUACUCCUAUACUAUGAUAAAACACGCAAAAACACUUCGCAAUCAGGGAAACGAGAUUUAUAGCGAGCUUAUCAAGCUUACAAACAACGUGCGUUUGGGUAUUGGAAGCUUCGUUGAGAAAAACUCAUUACCUUAUGUUGACGACUCAGUACAAAACUCGUAUUCGUUCAAAAAUCACCUAUCCUUAACUGAUAACAUGACAAAAUUUAAAGAAGCUUUACAAGAAAGUCCUAAAGGUAGUAAUUACGAUGACCCUGAAGCAAGUCUAGACGGUCUAAUGCAAGCAAUGGUGUGUAAAAAAGAAAUAGAUUGGAGAGAUAAUGCAAGAAGAAUUAUUGUACUAAGUACUGAUUCAACGUAUCACAGUGCGGGUGACGGAAAAUUUGUAGGUGCAGCUCGACCACAUAAUAUGCAAUGUUAUCUUAAAAACAAUACGUACACAAUGGAGUUGGAAUUGGAUUAUCCAUCUGUUAGUCAAAUAAAUAAAGUAGCCGUAGAAAACAAUAUAAUGAUCAUAUUUUCUGCUGAUAAAAAAGUCGAGACGCAUUACUUAGCACUACAGAAAAAAGUUUUAGGCUCAAAAUAUGUUCCACUAAAAGAAAAUUCUCCUCUUGUUGACGUAAUCAAAACGGAAUAUCUGAGUUUAAUCAGAAAAGUCGAAUUGGAUUUUAACAUUCCACCUUUUAUGCAAUUUCAACCGGAUCAAGAUUGUUCUAUAAAUAAUCAAUGUGAACUUAAGCAUCAAGAAUCAGUUAAACUAUCGGGAUAUCUAACAAUUAAAUCAUGUCCACCAAAAAAUGAAAAGCAUAUAUUGAAGAUCGGACCCAGAAUGUUAGAUGAAAAACUUCUAGUAGAAAUUGAAACAUAUUGUCAGUGUGACUGUGAGAAAAAAGGAGACGGGGCAGAGAAGUCAGUUACAUGCAACAGGGCUGGGACGUUUCAAUGUGGAAUUUGUUAUUGCGACAGUAACAGAUAUGGACCUACUUGCCAGUGUGAUGGUAGUUCAACAAUUACAAAAGAUGAAGAUCAAUGUAAAGAAAAUAAUAAUACACUACCUUGUAGCGGACGCGGCACUUGCAAUUGCGGAAAAUGCGACCCAUGUUUGCCAGGUUUCUCAGGACCAUAUUGUGAAUACGAUGAUAGAUCGUGCCCUAGCCCCGAAGGUUUACUUUGCGCUGAUCAUGGUCAAUGUGAGGGUGGAAAAUGUGAAUGCUAUCCUAAUUGGAUCGGUGAAGAUUGUAAAUGUCCAGCAAGUAACGAAAUAUGCAAAGCACCUUAUUCAGAAAAGGAGUGUUCCGGUAACGGCCAAUGUGUAUGUGGUAAAUGUAAGUGCGACGUUUGUUCUGGUCAAUUUUGUGACGAUUGUGAGGAAGUCGCAAUGAAACGUUGCAAGGAAUUGGAAGAUUUUGCGUAUUGUAAUUUAAAAGAAAGUAAAACGGAAUGUGAUUUGAAAUUUAAUCAAUCGAAUACAGAAAUUACCAUCGUAAAUAAAACUGAGAUCAAUUCACCAGACUGGUAUAUGGCUAAAUAUUGGUGCAAAAAAGUUUUGGAAGACGAUAAAAUAUUCGUAUUUAAAUAUUAUUACUCAACAGCUACGAAUAACAAACUGCAUCUCAUUAUACAAAAUGAGUUAGAAAUGCCGCCGGUCGCUAAUGUAUGGAUUGCCGUCGGAAGUGUUAUAGGCGCUAUAAUAUUGAUUGGAUUAAUAACUGUAAUUGCAUGGAAAGUCCUUGUUGAUUGGCAUGAUAAAAUAGAGUAUGAUAAAUUUGCAAAUGAGUCGGCUGCUGCAGGUUUCGAUACGUCCAUAAAUCCUUUAUAUCAGUCACCAGCUACUAACUUCUUAAAUCCUGCAUACAAUGGUUGAUAAAACUAUCAACAGGAAUAGCUUACCAAUUAAUAGUAAAUAAUACAUGAUACAGUAAUGAUGACAUGAAACAGGUAUCUACCUAAUAAAGAUAGAGACGUUUAGGACUACUAACAAUAUAAAAAGUGUACUUUCAAUUUUAAUAUAAUAAAAAUAUUUUUGAA